AUGUCAGUACAAGAAAUGAAUACCAGUAACACCUUGAGCAUGGACGAAUUAAUUGAACCCGAUAUUGUGGAACCAAAAAAAUGGCAAUCAGAAGUUUUGUCCGUAAGAGAUCCUGAGUACAAUGCAGAGUCUACAUAUAAAAGCCCCUUCUCGUCAACUGGGAGUUUGGCUACGUUCGUAAAUACCUCUAGCAUAAGUGAAAAUGAAAUGUCACCCUCUGAAUAUUAUCAAGAAGUCUCUAGUUGGGAAAGUAAACCGCUUUCGACCAACGAGUCAUCAUUGUCACUUCCCUCAUACAAUACUCCGCAGCCAAGGCGACGGACACUAUCUUCAACGUCAAGAUCUCAGGAACGAUUUUCAAUGCACGAAUUGGGUUCCGUUGAUUUAAUUUCUGGUAUGAAUUCCAAACAGUACUUGUCACCAACGAGGCACAGCGUUGCCUUGGACAAUGGAUUUGACAGGAUGAUGGGGGGUAACUCGAACGAAAAUCGAGAGCGGAAUUUGGAUAGGGAAAGGAUAGGCAAUGCAGGAAAGGGUUUUGGAAGUUUGAUUAGUGAUGAUGGGGAAAAAGAAUCUAUCGCCGAGCUCAUCGCUAACGUCAAAGAUGAGGACGCCUUCAAAUUAGCACAAAAAAUCACGCAAAUGCACGCUAGUCAGAAAAGUCCGAGUCCCGUUUUGGAAGUAAAAAGUGUAAAGACGAUCGAACGAAAUGAUGUGUCUUCGUCUCAAGAUCACUGCUUGCGACCAUCGGAGGCCACCUUGUCCAAAUCUGAAGAUUGCAAAAAAUACCUGGAGGAGAAGUACCGUGAGAUUUUUAAAAUUAUCGAAAAUCAUGAGACCUAUCAUCCCGUUCGUCCGUUGAGAGAACGACAGGCGAUUGUCAAUCGAGGUGGUAAUGAAUACAUGGAUUCGGUGUUGAGUGAUAGAACUGAUCACCAGGUAUCAACAAAACGAAUGGAAAAAAGUUUAUCUGAUCGACAAAAAGAGGAUAUUUCACAAAUUGGGGUUAUGAAAAAUGACAUGGAUUCCCGUGCGGGGCAAGUUUUGGAAGGGGCUGUGCAACAUGAUAAGAUUGAUUCGAGUGUAAAUGGUGACGUCGAAAAUGAGGAAACUAGGUUUAUCAAGGAGAUAGAAAAUCAUAUGUCGAACAAAAAUCUGCGAUCACAUCGACGACUUUCACAAAUAUUUAUUCCCACAUCGCCACACGAGGAGAAUGAAUUGGGGUCACCGACAGGUUCGGGACGCGGCAUAAAACACUCGAGGGCGCAAAGCCUGAAUAGCAUAACGACACCGUCACAUGAAGACAUUUCUAAAAGUAAAUCAAGAGGAUGGUCGUUACAUUUAUUUAAACGUAAAGACAAGAAACUUCGCAAAAAGUUUCUGAAGGGUCACCAGAAACCACUCAACGAUAAUAAGGGAGUUGGAAUAGUCGAAGAGUUGUUCGACGACUUACCAUCAUCAUCCAACUCUCAAAGGAAUUUGACGGAUUCAUCUUCCAAUGACCAAACACCUCGCAGUUCUGCAGAAUUUACGCAUUCUUCUUCUGACAAGGAGCGAGGAGAUUCACGAGAGAUGCAAAAUGAAAAUAUCAAAUUCGACAGGGGAAGUUCAAAAGCUCAUGAUGACAAACGUUUGAUAAAAGAUGAUAACUCGGAAGAUCAUAAUGCGUAUAAUCGAUGGAAUUCAUUUGGCACAUCGACUGGUCUUAGCGAUAGUUCGAUUGAAUCUACUAAGGAUGUAAUGGUAGGAAAUCCCAAGAUUCGUAUUAUCACGAGUAAAGACCCUGAUUCGCCUGGAUACUCCAACAUGCACCGAUCUUUGAGCGAAGAGAACAAAACUAUCGAAAUUACCACCGAAUAUGAAGGCGAUAGCGAAGGAGACAACGAACCUGAGCUGCUUGGUGAGACGGUGUCUGUCAAACUCGACGUCCUUCCAAACGAACUUGUACGCGAGGUAAUGAAACUCCAGGAGAAGGGACGUAUACCCCCGAACGAUGACAACAGCCACUACAUUGAACUGGAUAUUGGACUAUGCAAAAAUUUCAAGUUUAAUAGGCUCGUAGGCCAUGGAGUUGAUUUAUUGGAACUUCGCGUCUCGCUUGGAAACAAACAGAAGAGCAUUGAUACACAAGAAACGGAAGAGUUAAUAAUGACGCAAUGUGAUAACAGCAUUGAAGAAACCGAAAAGAUUCUAGAGAUCAAUGAGGAAAAACUCUUCAAAACGCAAGGAAUCAUCAGAGCGAAAGAUCAACGUUUCAUAGACGACGUUGAUGUUCCGUUAGUUCAGUCGCCUAUUUCCACUGAAGGAGUCGCUCAUUUUCAGGAAGUGAUAAUACCCAAAGAUUUUGUGAGUAGUACUGAAACUUUGCAUAAAUUAAAAAGGCGCAUUGAUGAAGAAGUCGAGGCAUUAAAUGAUACCAUGGUUAUCAUGGAAAGCACUGUUAAAAAUAUAGAAAAUCAGCAUGUCAGUCUCAAAGAAGACAUCAAGGUCAUGCUAGAUCAAAUUCAAGAAUUAACACUCGAAGUUAACAAUGAUUAUUUCCGCCAGUUAAAAGUUCUCGAAGAUGACAUUCACCUUUUGAUCGCGGAGCAGAAGAAAUCCUCUGUGUUGGAUAUAUUCUAUCUGACAAUGUCUUAUGUGCUUGCAGGAAUCAUGUUCAUGUUUUGUCUCAUUGUUGCUGGCUUCAAGAUAGCAAAGAGAAUUUUAUCUCUACCCAGGAAGGCGUGGAGAGUUUUCUCAUAUUCACGAUGA